AUGGAUGCUUCCGUGCCUCCAAUGUCGGCUAAGAAUUUAGUUCCCGAAAAAUCUCAGGUGAACGGAAGGCGUCGCAGCCGCAGCAAGACCCGCCGGGAAAAGGAACCAUCUAUUUCUAGCAGCGAGUCAGAGGCUAAUGAAGACCGUCUCAGGAUGCAACGCCGCCGCCGGAGCAAGUCGCAUCCGCGUAGCGCCUCCAAUCGGAGAUCUGCUUCGGUUCGCCAACGUCGCAAAUCCAUGCACUGCGAUCCGGUGGCAUUAUUUCAGUACUACCAGAAGGAGUGGGCUCAUUUUCGCAGCCAGAUCCCCGGCGAGAAUACCCGCAUCGGAGUGCGCAACAAGCCAAUGGGCCUGAAGAAGUGA